GACUGUCAGAAUUUGUUUAUUUUUCUCAAUUUUGCGAUUAUAAAUUAAAAGCUCUUGAAUAUACGAAAUUAAUUUAAAAGGUAAAGUGCUAUUCGUAUGCUAUUUAGUAUAAAAAAUAAUUAAUAAUGGAUUCUGAUACAGAUUCAUUGGAGAGAACUGUAGAAAACGAUCAAUCGGUUCGUACUAUGGAAAGUAUCAAAAGUGAACCAGAAGAUCCAUUGGAAGGAAGUAGUUGUAAUUUAGAAGUUUCUUUGAAGGUGGAGACGAACGAAGAAGACGAUGAUGAAGAAUAUAACACUAUGGCUCUAUUAGAACUAGCCCAAUGUGUACAAACAAACCAUGACCCAAUAGAGUUUGACUCAACGGAAGCUGCGGUCAACCCGAAGACGGGUCUGAUGAUGUGUUUGCUUUGCUUCGAGGAUGUGGACAGCAAUCUGUUAGCGGACCACAUGGUUAAUGCUCACAGUUAUCGGAGAUUGCAACUUAAAUGCAGAAUUUGUGAUACUACCUUCCAGGAAAGGAAAGUGUUAAUAAUCCAUCGUCAGGAAUGUCAACCGCCAGUUAAAAAGGCGAAACGUCGAACAUUCCAGCAAAUCAUGCGAGAAGUUGAAAGCAGUCUUGAUACAAACAUUUACGAUAUGGUCACUUGUCCCAUAUGUGUGUUGGAAAUGGCGAAAUAUACAUUAAAAGAACAUUUAAUUAAUGCCCAUAGUAAUCCAGAUAUGGUGCUAACUUGUGCUAAGUGUAAUAAGAAUUUUAAAUCA